AGCCAUAGGCUGCGCCUGCUGACAUUGGAUCGGAAGGAGGCGUCGGGAUUCACUUGCUGCUGUUUUGGUGGAAAUUUGGCACUAGACUUCAAGCCAUCAGUUAUGGAGAAAGUUGUAUUGGUGACUGGUGCAAACAGUGGCAUUGGCCUUGCCCUGUGCGAGCGCCUGCUGUCUCUGGACAGCCAGGUCAGUCUGUGCCUAGCCUGCAGGAACAUGCAGCGGGCAGAGGCAGCCCGAUCCGCCCUGCUGGCGUCCCACAGCGAUGCCCACAUCAACCUGAUACGCCUUGACGUCGGCGACAUCAGCUCCGUCCUCAGAGCUGCUCAGGAAGUCAAGAUGAGAUAUAACAGACUGGACUACAUCUACCUCAAUGCUGGGAUCAUGCCAGACCCUCAGGUGGACAUCAAAGCCUUCAUUAAGGGUUUGUUCUCUAGGAACGUUGUCAAAAUGUUUGCAACCGCAGAGGGCCUACUUACGCAGCAGGACCAUGUGACCAAGGACGGCCUGCAGGAAGUGUUUGCCACCAACCUUUUCGGUCACUUUCUGAUGGUGAGGGAGCUUGAGCCGGUUCUGUGCCAACCCGGUCACACGGCCCAGCUGAUAUGGACGUCAUCCAGCAAUGCCAGGCGCUCUGCCUUCGACUUGGAUGACUUCCAGCACCAGAGGGGCACGGAGCCCUACAGCUCCUCCAAGUAUGCUGUGGACCUGCUUAGUGUGGCCCUGAACCGGCACCACAACCCACAGGGGAUUUACUCAUCGGUGAUUUGCCCGGGAUUAGUGAUGACUAAUCUGACCUACGGCAUCCUUCCCUCCUUCCUCUGGACUCUUAUCAUGCCCAUAAUGUUGCUGAUCAGAAUCUUCACGAACACAUUCACACUGACACCCUACAAUGGAGCAGAGGCCCUGUGCUGGCUGUAUAUGCAGAAGCCAGAAUCGCUGGAUCCACUGGCUAAAUACCACAGCUUAACAUCAGGGCUAGGAAAAAAUUACACGGCACCGCGCAAGAUGGAUGUCGACGAGGAUCUGACGGAGGCUCUCUAUGACCGAUUGCUGAAACUGGAAAUAGAAAUACGGAAGAAGAACAAAGAUACUGAGCAACACAUUUCUGAUCAGCAGCACCGUCCGAAAGAGGCACCAUAGUGCGAGACCUUCACAGUCCAGCUCUCGGGUGCUGUGGACCAGACAUGUAGCCAUGUAGUAAAAUUAUGGGUUUACUCCCCCCCCAACCAAAAAAAAACAGGAAAAAAAAAAAACAAAGGAUAAAAAAUAUCCCAACCGGGUAUGUAGCUAGGUAGUAAAACAAAUACUGAUGCUCCUCUACUUGCGAACAUUGAACUUACGAACUUUCAGACAUAUGAACGAAAUGAAGAGUGCUGUCCAAAUGGUGUUCAUUGGGCUCCCGUUUCCUGUCCGCAACAUCGAUUUUUUUUUUCUGCACGCCAAUCCCGCCCAGUACGACUUCUGGCCGCUACUCAUACAGCGCAGCAGCGUACCGUGCGAACUCCCAGCAUCCUACUUCUUUGUACUUCCAUAUACCCUUAAAAUGAUGUUGAAUAACGACUUUUGAACAUUUCAAGUUAUGAACAGCUGUUCGGAACAUAACUCAGUCAUAAGUAGAGGAGCGUCUGUAGUCUAACCCCCCGCCCCCCCCCCAGAAAUUCACUUCUGGCUAUGGCCUGCUGCAGCCAGAGUUAACAGGGUGGGGGCAGGAGGGGAUCCUGGACCUUAUCUCAACAGUUCAGCAUAGGGCACAAGGUUGGGUUACCCCCUGGACCAGGAUCCAGUUCAUUGCAGAGCAUGUACAAAAUUCUCACAUCCUCAGCCAUGAUCUGGGCAGUUCACAGAAGUCAUUUAGCCUAACUGCAUGUCUUUGGAACGUGUGCAACACAGGGAGAAUGUGCAAGCACCAUGGACUGUGGACCAGUAUUUUUUAAUGGUUUCUGCACUUUAUAAAACGGUGAACACAGUAGCUUAUGUAGCUAUGACAUUAUGAUUUAACAUGUGCAGUACCUCAAGUAAAUAUGCUGCAUUAGCACAACAAACAUCUUUGUACCAGACAAGGGUGCCUGCAGAAUCCUGCAGUUAACAAUCAUACCAAGGACAUAUACUUGAAGCAGAGGCAUUUCUGUUAUGUUUUUAUUCUUGAAAUAAAUGUGAUCCAGUUGAAGCUCCCCCCCCCCCCCCACAUUCAUUCCUCAAGUGAUAGUAAUUACUUAUCAAAUAAUUAGUUUGAGUAAAAUCAUAAAAAGCUCGUCGGGGACAAUGAGUUCAGACACUGUUUAUGGACAAUAUCUGCUCUUCAAUAAACUUCCUGUUUCACCCCAGUCGUUUUACAUCUAAAAUCUCAGACUUUUUCAGCGAUUUGUAUUUUAUCAUACCUAACAAGAUGAUAGCACAUUGUGAAGUGUCUUAUUUAUCACGGUUUUCCUGACUUGUGUGCUUAUGUGUUCAUUAAUAUAAACUGAUUUUUCCCAUGA